AUAUGCCGUAUGUUUGUCCUAAACAUGAUCUUUGUUAGCACACUAGCUUCACAUUAUGCUAAACCAAAGAGAUGUUAAGAGAUGUUAUUUCUUAGUAGCAGUUCACAGCUUCCUGCCCAGCAGGAACAGAGUUUAAAAGCUGCUGCAGGACCGCAGACAUUCACAGGAAGCUGGACCAGCAAUGGCUCUGCUGACAGUUCUGCUGCUGCUGCUGCUGGGCGUGGCAGUGAGCUCAGCGUCUCUGCAGAAGAGGAUUAUUGGAGGUCAGAACUGUAAAGACGAUGAGCGGCAGUAUCACGUGAAGGUCUAUAGAUAUGAUCACACAAAAUAUGAAAUCUGUGGAGGUUCUCUGAUCAGUGAUCAGUGGGUUCUGACUGCAGCUCACUGCUGGAACUCAGAUCCAUCAUGGGUUAAUGAGGCACAUGUAGGACUUCAUCCUAAACGUACUCCAAAGAAGAUGUAUCCAAUCACUCAACGUGAGGUUUAUAGAGACAGCAACGGUCGCUAUCAUGACAUCAUGCUCCUGAAGCUGCCAGAAAAAACAACAAUCCGACCAAUCAAACUACCUGACUGUCCAGAUACUCUCCCACUUGGCACCAAGGUUCAGUUUGCAGGUUAUGGAGAUGCAAAAGUUGGCUUUUUUAACAAAAGAGUCAAACAUCGUCCAAAUGAUCUUCAGUGUGCAGAGUUUAAGAUUGGUAAACAUGAAAAGUUGGAAAAGGAACUGGCAAAACACGAGGACACCGAGUUCAGUUACCAGAAGUGGUACAGUGUGAGCAGCUCUAAGAAGGACACAGCUUUCGGCGACUCUGGUGGAGGAUUUGUGUUCAAGAACAGGCUGUACGGCGUUUGUGUCUUCACUGGAGAUCCACUGUAUGCACUCAGUAAACCAAGUGCUUUCCUGGAUGUCUGUGCCUACAAAAAGUGGAUAGAUGACACAAUUAACCAAAAACCCUAAGGAUUUUUGGUUAUUUGGUUAGGAACAUUUAUGAUGCUAAAUGUUCCCACCAUCAUAAAAUCACAAAGUUCAAAUUAAUCUUUAAAUUUCAGUUUUCAGUUGAAUCAUUUUCUGAUUUACAGCUGAAUUAUUUGGGGAUUUAAGUUAUUGUGUACAAGUUGAUCUGUGAUAAUAUCUUAUUUCUCAAUAAGUAAAGGUACUGUUUGUAAUAAUCAGUAAUAAUAUCCACCGUCACAUGACUAGGAAAUAAAAGCCGUUAUCUGA